UUAACAUAUGGCCCGUUCUUUCCCCCUUCUCCGCACACGAAGCAGCAGAAAACCACUCUUACUAUUCUCCGCGGCGAAGGCGAAGGCGAAGGCAUCAGAACACCACCGCGCACCCCAAAGGGAUCGCUAUGCUGGGAAAGACGAGGAAGGUUUCGGCGCGUGGCGAGGCCGUGGCAGCGAACUACGCGUUUGGCCCUGCAGAAGAUGACGUAAUCAUCAAACACCGGCUUCUCACGCGCACGACGACCACCAGGGGCGACCCUCCCUUGAAGAAGCUUCAAAAGAAGUUCACCUCGUUCGUCUCCGAGGUUGAUAAAGACGACGACAACUACAACGAUUGCGAAAAACUCGCCAGAGCCUUCUUGCAGGAGCUGACGACCUUCGAGAUUCCGCUUCUAAAGAGCAAGGCGAUAGUGGAGGCCAACGUUAGGGAGAAGGAGAAUUUCAACGAAUUGAAGGAAGAGAUGAAUCGCCAGAUCCUGCAGGCGCAGGCCGACAUUGAGGAUCUGAAGAAGCAGCUGGAGGAGAGCAAGGUCGAGAGGCGGCACAAGGAGGAGUGCGAGGCUAUUAGGAAGUUGAUUGCGCUGCAGCCACCCAGGUCGGAGACAAUGAAGGUUAUUUCGGAGUUGGAGAAGGAAAUUGCGGCGCUGGAUACGGAGAACACGGCUGGUUCCAGGUUGUUGGAGCUCAGGAAGAAGCAAUUUGCAUUGUUGUUACAUGUGGUGGAUGAGUUGCAAAACACAAUUGAGGAAGAGCAGAAGAGCCUAGUUGAGGAAAUGAGAAUGGCAACCGAGGAGCUUAAGAAUGGGCUGGAGGACACAAGUGGGGCGGAAGCAAUGGCAAUUGACCAGUAACUAAAUCGAGCUUCAAUCUUCCUGUUGUAACAUUUUUUACAUUUCAGUCUUGGAUUUUGUACCCACAGUCAUUAGGAACCAUAUGUAAUUAUUGUGCUAAUGCUUAGACCUUAGUAAUUCUAAAUGCAUUUUUGAUAUUAGAAAGAAAAAGUAAUACUCAGGCAUUUUGUUUGGAUUUUUCUAUCAAAAUUUGUGUAUUCCUUCGCCAUAGUUGGAGUUUUUUUCCA